AUGUCACUACAAGAGAUUAUUCGAGAAACUAAAGAUGCCUUCCGUAAGAAAAACAAUAAGAAGUUAGAGAGUAUUUUCUCUUCAUCCUUACGGCAAACCCAUUGUUGUGAUCUUUGGCUUCUUUAUCUGCAAUACGCGCAGACUAAAUCUAAAGAAACAUUGCGUGAAGCACAAACUUACGCCUAUACUAGAACUAUGCUUAGUAUUGAAAGCACUGAUAUCAAAAUCCAGUACUUAGAAAUGUUGAUGCAAUCUGAAGAAAAAGACGCAAUCAAAGAGGCCUAUAUGAAAUCGCUUGAGGUGCCGCUGCUUAGAGUCGAAACACUUAUAGAGUUCCAUAGAAGUUAUGAAGCAACGAAACGAGGAGUAAAAACCUCAGAAGAUUUAGUAGCUAAAGAAGCUGCUGCUAUAGCUGAGUCCAAUCGGUUGCGUAAUGCAGUCCUUCCUGGGGCUGAGGCAGCUGCUGAAUACAUUCUUAAACGUCACCAAGAUAUGCAUCCUUUGUACCCAGCUAAUGUAACACUUUAUGCUUUGGAUGCAGCUAUUGAACAAAUGCCUACUUCAGCGCCUUUGGCGGUUUAUAAGGCCUUAUUCCUGGCUAAGACUGGUCCCUUGGAAAAUGCUUACUUUGCCAAUCCACAGACACAAGCGGUGGUGGCUGCUCAUGGGACAUCAGAACGGAAUACUCGUUUGGGAGAGAGUUUAACGGUUUCUUUGGCUAAAACUAAUGGGUCCUUAUCCGUACUGGCCGCCCUAACUAGUUAUCAGUUCGAUCCGGAUGCAUUGUUGAAACAAGCCCCACCAAGUAUUACAGCUCAGAGUGAUUCUUUCUACUUAGUCUUCUUCUCGGCCUUGUUGCGGCACCGGGAUAUUAUUGGUGUACGUAAGUACUUGGUGACUCUGACGCGGGAAGGUAAGAUUGGAGCACCUGUCUUUGUUUUCUGUGCGGCGGCUGAAGGUCUGGUGGCUCGUGAACGCAAGAAUGCAGGUGGGAUUCUUUUGGCCGGUCUUAAACGAUUCUUAGCCCAACGCGAUGCAGAGAAUGCCCGACGAGUAGCAGCUGAAGGUGCUCGUUUGCUUUUGGCUUUAGGAGAUGCCCAACGGGCCCGCACAUUGGUGGAAAUUCAAGCUAAGGAGUCAUUGGGUGGACCAGAAGAAGACUUGCGCGAUAGUGUAGAAGCAGUACCUCGUCUAGUAAUUGCUCAGCACCAAGUCCUUUAUGAACGCGGGUUUUUGGCUUUAGUGCCACUGCUAUCUAAAAUGUCCUAUCCAGCUGUCUACCAGUUUCUGGGUCGGUGCUACGGCUUGCAAACUGAGACUCCGCAGGAGGAAGUACCAGAAGCUCUGCUACGGUUUACAGCUGAAUUAUUGCCUAUUCGUGAAUCCCAUAACAUCUGCAGCAAUGUGAAUCUAGACGCAGUUGUACAACUACUGGCACAUCUGCCGGUCUGA